AUGUCGUCCUCAACACCGCAGCAACAGCUCAUAGCGUACAUCCACCAUGAGCGACAGGAGCAAGGUAGCAUGCUCUGCGCUCAGCACGCGCUCAACGCGCUUCUCCAAGGCCAGUACUACGACGCUUCACAGCUAGCACAGAUCGCCACCGAGCUCGACCAGCUCGAAGCAUCCGAGCUCGGCCUCAGUCAAGCCGAUAUUGCAGCACGCGAUCGCGCCUCUCUCAACAUGGACGACACCGGCUUCUUCAGCGUCACGGUUCUCGAGAAGGCACUCCAAGUAUGGGGUAUCUCAAUAUCCAGCUGGCGAUCUGCACAGAUGCGGGCGCGACACGAUGCACCCGAACGAGAGGCUGCCUUCGUGCUCAAUCUCAACAGCCAUUGGUUCACCAUCCGAUCGUUCGGCACCACGAGCAAGUUCUGGUACAACCUCAACUCGUUUCUGGCAGAACCGCAGUGGAUCGGCAACAACUAUCUCGGCACGCUUCUGCACACCGCCGAGUCGGAAGGGUACUCGGUGUUCGUGGUGCAGGCCUCGGAAGGAAGUGCCGGUCAAGGACUACGUGAAUCGGAUGCGGACCAGAUCGCAGACCACCUUCCAGCACCCGGAGCAGCUUCGUCGGCUCGGUCCAGCUCAGCGAACCUAGGUCUCCGACCAGAAGCCGCUUCGAAAGCGUCGAGCAGCUCUGUACCCAAGGCAGGUGGCUUUGGCGCACCUUCGACAGGAUUUGGUCUCGGCGACGAGGAAGAAGACGCAGAGCUUCAAGCAGCACUCAGUCUCAGUCUGGCGCAAAGCACUUCUGCCGCUCCUGAUACACCCAACCGUUCACGAGUGCGUCAAGUCCGCAGCGGGAGCGACGAGGGCAGUGCAGGAGGGGACACAUUCAUGGGCGAGACAGAUGCCGACAUCGAUGCCAUCGCACCCUCCAGACGCCGACAUCGCGCCGACUACAGCGAUCCUGUCAACGACGACCUCCGCAGGGCCAUGGAGGCGAGCAUGACAAGCUCACCUGGCCCAUCUCGUCCGAGCAGCUCCGUCCAUGCCCCCACAACCUCUACCGAUUCGUCGUCGUCUCGACCCAUCGGCCGACGCAAGCGUCGUGCGCAAGAACGUCAGUCCGGCCUCUCGCGCGAAGACGCCAUCGACCUGGACGACUCGCGCGAUGACAGCUUCUCUAGCGACACGGACGAGCUCCGUCCCUCGAGCCUCUCGCAUCGCUCCCCGUUCCUCAGCCCCGCGAUGCAGGCCGCCAACCGAAACAACGAAGACGUGCAGGAGAUCGAGGACGACGAAGACAUUCCGAGCGAUGACGAGCUCGUUGAUCCGUUCAGCGUCGCCGGUGCCCCCGAGGCGAGCGCACUCAUUGGACCGCGACAGGACCGACACUACGACGAUGAAGACGCGGAGCUCCAGGCGGCGCUUGCGGCCAGCUUGGGGGAUACGGAGGCGGCUGCGAGGUUUGCUUCGGAGAAUCCGAACUACCAUCGGCCGCAGCAGGUGGAAGAGCAGGCUGUCGUUCCCGAGGAUGUAGAUCGGAUCUCACGGAUGCGCGAGGAGGCGAGGAGGAAGGCACGCGAGGAACAGGAGAGGCAGGAGAGGUUGGCGAGGGGCGAACAGGUGGGAGAGAGCCAGGCGGAAGCCACUGCAGCCGGAAAGGCUGGUAGCAGCAGCAAGGGCGAAGCAGACGAGGACGAUGACGAAGACGAAGAAUCCGAAGCGGAAGAGGUGAGCGCGGAAGAGAUGCGCCGACGUCGAUUGGCUCGCUUUGGUUGA